AUGAAUUCUCGCUGUCCGCUUUCCAAGAGUUGUGGUACUAACGACGUCAAGACCCAUCUGCAGCCGCUGCAGAAGUCUCGCCCAGACCUGCUCAUGGCCGAGAAAGGUCCCGCAAAAGGCUAUAUCGAAGCCCUUGAGAUACGACUGAAAGAGACCGAACGAAUGCUUUGGCGAAUCCUGUCGGCUUGCCAACAAGAAAGCUUGACAGCGGCCUUCUCCCCUGGCGUGCAAGAUCGAAUACCGCAAAUCCUCUCAGUCGGAACUUUGAGCACCACUGAGGAGAAGAAGUCGGCUAUCGCCUUCUGGGAGCAGUUUCCUUUGCAUACCAUCGAAGACGUCCUUGUAUGGAAGGACCAAGUUGAGAAUCCAUCUUCAAUGGAGAUCACAGGCUUUGGAGAGAACCAAGACCAGCAAUCGCAACCGACAGACACUCCGAGCGAAGUCCAAGAUCAAGAUAUACCAUCCGCGAUGGAUGAAGACACUGCCCAGACAUCCAUAGCGAUGGCGCCAGAUUCUCAAGACCUUGCUGACACGUCGUCGCGUACGGUUCAGAUGGCUGAUGCACGCAAUCGACGGUCUUCUGCCUCCGUGGCCAAUCCGGGCACUGCAGGUGGCAAAUUUUCCUUCUCGAAAGAGUUCCAGGACACUUUUCUUUGGUGA